AUGUGGGUCAGGACGACACUAACGAUCGAGAGGUGGACGGAGGAAGAGACCGCGCGCGAGGCCGACGUCUGGGACGAGAGCGGCGGCAGCGAUAUAAACAGGUUGCCCAGCUGGAACAGAGGACAUCCACCGACUGGUGUGGCGUCCAGCACUGAUGCGUCUACCUUCUCCUCUGAAGGUGACUACAAGGAGACUGACAGAUGCUGCUGGAAACACAAGCAGUGCAUGGGGCAUCUCAUCUACCCCUUCACCUCUGACUAUGGCCACCCCAGCCUGCACCUACACUCUCUCAACCACUGCGACUGUAAUUCUAGGGUGAAGGACUGCUCAGAGAAGACAAACAGCAGCAGCUCCCAAGAUGCAGGGCCAGCCUGCUCCCAAGAUGUGGGCCCGACCUGCUUCAACAUCAUUCCAUCCCCUUGCUUUGAGCUCAUCCCGGAGGAGGAGUGUGUGGAGCAGUUCUGGUACGGCUGGUGCAAAAGCUACAAUCCUGUUUCCCUGGCAGUGAUCCACCAUCCCCUCCACCACAAGUGUGGGGCAGAUGACAUCAAUGAAGAGGAAGAGGAGGAAGAAAGCAAGCCUCCCAUCCCGACCCAGGUGGGACCCACCACCACACCCCCUGACACAGGCACCAGCACUGUCACUGGCACCCCUGACUCAGCAGCACCCAUCACCAUUUGGCGCUCUGAGAGCCCCACAGGGAAGAACCAGAGCAGCAAGGUGAUCAAGAAGGUAAAGAAGAAAAAGGAGAAGGACAGAGAGGAGGAGACAGAUGAGAAGGCAAAGCUGAAGAAAAAAGCCAAGAAGGGCAAGCUGACGAAAAAGAAAAGCCCAGUUAAAUCAGAGUCUUCACCUCCAGACCUGAGCAGAUCAUUAAGCCCAAGAGAGCUGGCCAGGAUGUCUGAGUCCAGCCCAGAAAGCCGGGAAGAACUGGAGAGUGAGGACAGUUACAAUGACCGGGGGCAGGAGGAACCCUCCAGUGAGGACAUUGUGGAGUCGUUAUCGCCCAGGAAGAGAGAGAAAAACACGGUCCAGGCCAAGAAGACUGGGGCAAGGCCCUCACAAGCCAGGAAGGUAAACAAGAGGAAAUCGCCCCCAGGAUCAAACCCCAAUCUCAGUUGAGGCCAGGGCUAUCAGGGUGAGAAAUAAAUGAAUCAGGCCUGU